UCCUGACAGUCAACGUCAUUCCUCCUCCCCACUCCCACGGACGCACUGGCGAAACCUAAACUGCGCAGAACACUAACACUUUGUUUUCUCACUGCUCCAACUAGUUUGGUUAUUUAAAAUGUAAAUUUUUUUCUUUUAUAAAUCCGAACUCGAACGCCAAAGUUUCUUUCGCAAACUGUGAGCGUGAUCGGACUCAAAAAAAAAAAAAAAAAAAAAACCAAACAAAAACAAAACCCGACGCAGCGAGUGAAACCUUUAGACUCCGACGCUCGGUGGUGACCCAAAGGGUACUAAAAACGCGUCACUGUGCUCCAAGUUUUUGUCAGAAGGGACGCCGACUUCUGCUGUCCGGUUACAGCAUGAACAGCACGGAGGAGGAGCGCUCCUGCGUGGAGUCGCUCCGGUCAGUGAAACGCGCGUUGGAGGAGAGGGGCGCAGGUUUGGAGCGGGCAUCCCGGAUGGCGCGGCUCAGGUGGAACAGGAGAGAGCAGCUCCUGGUGGCUCAGGUGGCGACGCUGCAGAACGAAGCUCAGCUCGCUGCCUUUACGUAUCAGCAGCGAUUGAAGCGGUACUUGCUGCACAUCAGCAGCAUCGCAGAACAGAUCGCUGGAUACUGUAAGAGUGAUUCCAGUACAGCCGCUGACAUGCAGACACACACAUCAGACCACUCAACUACAGGAAAGCUGCAGAAAACUGUUGAGGAACGUCAGGUAAAUGGGAAGGAGUUGUCCAAAUCCAGCCACGAUGAAACUGUGGAGGCCUUCCGAGCUGCCAGGGACCCCGUCGUGGUGCAGGUCAUCAGGCGUACCCCGAGCGGCCGUCCCCACGGCCCCCCUCAGGAAAUCCAUGUGGUGGAUGUGUGCACUCAGACCGACAUCACCUUUGAACACAUCAUGGCGCUGGCAAAGCUCCGGCCUUCAACCCCUCCUGUGCCUGACGUCUGUCCCUUCCUGCUCUCUGACAGCUGUCAUUCCCUUCAUACAAUGGACCAAGAUUACUAUGAAGGUACCGACUACCUCUCCCCCGUCCCAGCUGACGGAGACAGAACGGAGGAGUUUGAGUACGAGGAAGUCGAACUUUGUCGUCUCAGCUGUCAUGAAAAACUAGGCCUCACUCUGUGCUAUCGAACGGAUGAAGAAGAGGAUGUGGCCAUCUAUGUCAGUGAGGUGAGUCCGAACGGCAUUGCCGCCAGAGACGGGCGGAUCCGAGAAGGGGAUCGAAUCUUACAGAUAAAUGGCAAUGAUGUGCAAGACAGAGAAGAAGCGAUGGCUGCUCUCUCCAGUGAUGACUUCAAGAACAUCAUACUACUGGUCGCCCGACCUGAGAUGCAGCUGGAAGAGGCUUGGCUGGAUGAUGAGCAUAGUGAGUUCCUGGAGCAGCUGAAGAUGGAAAUGUUGGAGGAGCAGCAGAGAGAGGAGAUGGAAUUAGCUGCCUUACAAGAAGAACAGGAAAAGCAGCAGAGAUCCGAAGAUGACAAGCCUUCCUGUUCAACAUUUUCUUACUCAAGAGACAGCCUGCAAAGUCUGAAAGAGAAAAAGGAAAACUCAGACCACAACGUCUUAGCCCAAAUCCAGAGACGCCUGUCCCGGUGCCUACGGGACAGUCAGGACUCCCAUUGUACCAAUGGUAGCAAGCGACUGGAGGACAAAGACGACGAGGACAACGAUGAGUCAGAGGGAGAUCGUUUCCAGCAACUUUUGGAGCUAAAAUGUCAGAUACGCAACAGCGGCGAGUACGACCUUUUCUACAGCCGCCGCAGUACUAUUGAGUGCAGCAUGGCGGAACAGAGCGAUGUGCAACAUGAGCUGCGUAUGCUAAAUGAGGAGCUACGCAGUAUUGAACUUGAGUGUCAGAACAUUAUGCAGGCCCAUAAGCUGCGCAAGAGUCAGCAAUCUCCCUUAAUGGGACAUUCUGCGCCCUCCAUCAAAAGUCAAAGCCCCAAACAUGGAGAGUCUGUUAAGGGUAAGCUGGGGGACAUUAAUGAGAGGAUGGAAAAGUCUGACAAGGACAGCUCCAGUGCCUACAACACUGCCGAGAGUUCUCGGAGCACGCCCUUGGCGAUGGACCGCUCCCCAGAGCACUCUCUCCAGAGAAUGGUCAGUCUCACCAACCAGAGGAACCUCUAUGGCGGCUUUGCUACCGGUCACUCACCAAGCCCCUUACCGACCUGCAGAACCCCUGUUCUGGGCAAAAGCAGCAGCCCCGACCACAGUAACCCUUCAGAGUCAGAUCAGACACCUCAGGCUGAGGAGGAGGGUAAAAAAAAGUUAAAACAAUGCACUUCCCAGAUUCCUUACUUCUCUCCUUCCCACAGUUCCCAGCAGAGGCAGGCCAACAUUCCAGCCCAUGCCCGCCACUACCAGAGCUACAUGCAGCUGAUCCAGCAGCGUUCAGCUGUUGAGUAUGCUCAGAGCCAGCUCAGCCUGCUUAGUGUCUGCAAAGAGCCUCAGAGACCCAUUAAUGAACCCAAGAUGGAGUGGAAAGUCAAGAUCCGCAGCGAUGGCACCCGCUACAUCACCAAGAGGCCUGUGAGAGACAAGAUCCUGAGAGAGCGGGCCUUGAAGAUUAAAGAGGAGCGCAGUGGGGGGAUGACGACGGAUGACGAUGCAAUGAGUGAGAUGAAGAUGGGGAGGUACUGGAGUAAAGAGGAAAGGAAACAGCACCUGGUCAGGGCGAAAGAACAGAGGAGAAGACGAGAAUUCAUGCAGCGUAGUCGGCUGGAAAGCUUGAAGGAGAACCCUCAGAGCAGCAGCGAAGGUCGAAAGGAAGUCAGCAUUAUAGAGCUCAGCCACAAGAAGAUGCUGAAGAAACGCAAUAAGAAGAUUUUGGACAAUUGGAUGACCAUCCAGGAGCUGAUGACACACGGCACUAAGGCCCCCGAGGGAGCAAAGGUGCAUAAUGCCUUCCUCUCAGUCACUACUGUAUAGGACAGAGACAGCCUACAUUCUACCCCAUGUGGUAAAACAUACUUGCCUCGUUCAAUGCGGCAUUUUUAAGUGGAAGGUCGGAGGAACACUUUUCACUCUUUGUAUCCCAAAAAGCAUUUUUAAAGAGUUUAUUUGUGGCGUCAUGACAUUUUUGUGAUGUUUUUUCAAAACAGUUUCUCACAUGACCUGGGAAACAUGGCAUUUUCUAAGAAACUCUGACAAUUAUUUUAAUACUUCACUCUGAACAUGUUUAUCUUUUCGAUUCUAUUUUCAUAUUUAUUUUAAACUAUAUAUCUCACGAUGGUUGUUUGACAGUAGGUAAUUUUUUCCUUUACCUAUGUUUUCAAUGCUGUCUUUCUGGAGCUGAAGCCGAUCAGAUUCCUCUGUGCUGCUGGCAGGUUGCUGAACAGAUGUUCCUCACCAAGUACAAAACAGUGCAGUCGGUCAAAGGUUUAACUGAGCUACAUUAACAGUUUGAUUACUAAAGUGCUUUUAAAUUAUUAUAAUGGCUGGAAGUGAGCAACUAGCAACCAUUUAAUUAAAGAGAUUCUUAAAAAUGGUCUUCUGAUGCUGUUUCACGGAAAAAAGGUUAGUAUUUUUUAUAUUUUGACCGUUAAAUUCCAACUACAAUUUACACUGUAAAUUGUAAUUAUUAAUAUAUGUAUAGCUACAAAUGUUUUCAUAUGCACAGUGCUCUCCACAAUUACCAGCACCCCUAGUAAAGCUAUACUGAAUAAUAGAUGUUUAUAAUAAAUUCGGGUGUAGAGGUUUUAAUGGCCUCAAGCUAACAGUCUUUUCCGUAGUUCUGUAACUGUGACUUAUUUUAAAAAUGUUUUACUUUGAUGACAUCCUAAGGUAAUGAAGAGUUUUCGUCAAGUUUUGUUUGUCUCAAUUUUAGUUUUAAACUUCUUAAAUUGUUGUUCUAAAGCUACUGUAGUUAAGCUAAGGCUAGAAGCCAUUUUUUAUUUCCUGGUUUCUAUAAAUCCACACACAACCUGCCUUUCUAGAAUGGACACGCUCUCUUAUCCUCCCUGUCUUGAGGAGUGGUUAUUGGAAACUGACCACAUGUUAUGGAUAGACGUUUUGGAAGCUCUUAUGAAUUAACAAACACCAAAGUUUAAAUUAAAAGAAUGAGUCAGUUGUGUUUAUUUUGCAGGAGUUCAGAUGGUGCCAAUAAUUUCUCAAUAUAGGAUAGGUUGUUGCUACUGAAUGAAUAUAUUUAAAUCUAAUAUUGGGAUUUGGGGUGUGUGUGUGUACCAGGUUUUUAUAUCCUUAUGGGAACCUAUUUCUGUCCACAAUGUGGGGUUAUGAGGACCACUGCUCCUUGUGGGGACAUUUCCUUGGUCCCAUAAGGGAAAUUGUUGUUUUUGGGUUAGUUAGGUCUGUGAUGGCUAGGUUUAGGGUAAAGGUUAAGGUAAGGGUUAGGUAUGUGAUGGUUAGGUGGUUAGGCUGUAGAAAUUAAUGGAAGUCAAUGUGAAGUCCCCACAAGUGAUGAAAACACGACUGUGUGUGUGAGUGUGUAUAAUUAUUUUUCUGCAGUCUUCAUAAAUUCGGGUUAAAGAUUUUGGUAAGUCUUUACGUGGGGUGCCAGUAACUGUGAAAAGCAACAAAUCUUCAAACAAACUAGAUUGGCACUCGGCUUUAAUCUGACAAAAUUUCAGUUUAAUCAAUCAUCGUUUUUGCAACUUUAGGAAGGGUGUUUGACCAUUUGGAAUCUAAUGUUUACAAAAAGAAUGUUAUUCCUUAUUUUACAGACAAACUAUUUUGGUGUCUAAUCUGUACCCCCUUUAACAGGAGGCCAUUACAACCCAAAGGACGACGUACAAAAAUAUUAGGCAGACUCAGACAUUCUUGUUAUUAAACUAUCAGAGAAAACCAAAGCAACCUGAGAAAAAUCCAGUUAAGCACUUCUAAGCUUUUGACUUAGCUUUUUAGGUUUGCAGUAGGUGUAAUAGUAAAAAAAAAAAAAAAAAAACACAUACACACACGCACAAAUAAGUUCUAAAAUUUGACUUCUUAUUUUUCUUUUUAAAGUUUUUACAAAAUAAUAGGAAUAAAAAUCAAUCAAAAGGCUUCAAAGCCGCUAUUUCCAGAUUUAUACUAAUUCAGCUCAUUUAAAUUCCUCAGAGCGCUAGUUUACAUACCUCAACUGAGAAAGUGCAUCAGAAAGCACUGAGGUGAUUGAAACUCUAUUUCACAAAAGCAUACAGCAGUUACCAAGAGAUGAAACACUCUUCAUCAUGCAUAUUACAUAUCAAUCUGUAGGGAUUGUUUAGUCUCUGGAUUCAUCAUUUUUUUGUUUACUUUGCCAAACAGAUGGGUUCUUGCAAAAAUAUACCAGCUCCUUUAGGAAAAAAAAACAAAAACAUCAGCUUUGAUCAGGAAAGCACAUCAAACACCACCUGAGCAGAACAGCAGAGGAGUUUUCAAAACAGCAUUAAGUCGUUCUUCGGACUAGAUUCGGUUUUCAGUGUGGUUUCUUGUUUAUCUUUUAGAAGCUCAUUAAAAUUCUGAAACUGUGAUCAAAUAGUCGUUAAAGUACAUUUGUUAUUUUUUUAUCUUUAAACUUUCAAAAUGAAACUGAAAUUUUUACCUUUAAAAGUAAUCUGUUUUUAAGCGGUCAUAUUUUGGUUUAUUUUGUUUUUAUAUAUAUAAUAUAAACAUAAUCAAGAACAGAUGAACAUGACUGUUCCUUUUACAUGCUGGGAUUUUUUAUACAUCAAUUUAAAUCUCUUUUACUCAUAGCCUUAAAAACUCUAACCUCAAUAGUGCAUUGGUUGGUUGAUCUUAUUUUCCAUGCAAACAAAAUUGUUUGUUCAUCUCUGUAUCUGAGAGGUUUUUUGGGGGGUGGGGGGUUUCUGCCUUAUUUACAAUAUAUCAUGUACAUUUGGAGUAUUUGGUUACUGGAUAUGUUGAAAGACUUUCUAACGGUGUUUCUGAAUUAUGUUUGCAGUUAGGUUUAAGGGGCACAUAUCAUUUUUUUUCCCAACUUUAAAUUUUCAAACAUACUCAGGUUUAUAGCUCAUGAAAUAUGUACAGUAAAUGGUUUCUAGGUCCAAACUGGAGAAAGAAAAUAGAAAAAAAGUGAAAGAGAGACACCAAACAGAAAGCUGCCAGAAACGUAGCCAAAAUUUUCUUAAGAGUAAUGAUGUUAUGUCUGGAACACUGAAUUGGGCAUUAAUGCACUACACAAUGAUUCCCAAAGAAAAUUAAAGUAGUGGUAGAAUAAGUUCCAGGUGUAAUUAAAUUUUGUAAGUUUAGUAGUCAAGUUAGGAAGAGAUGGUCGGGAGGAGUUUUGCCUUAGCAUUGGUGCUUUGGAGACGUCACGAACUGGCACCCUACCAAAGGAUUUAAAAGGUUUAUUUGCUAAAUCUCAUCUGCCUGUACUUGGCCACAGUGACGAAUUACCCCUUUUCACAAUAACUAAAAAAAUAACAAAGAUUUUGGCAGUCUAGCACUCCUGACAAACAAUGAAAUGUCUGGUUUUGACCGGCAUUGUGUUCUGUACGAGCAUCAGCACUGUGACCAUGCAGUGGACGCCAUAAACCUGGUGUCAGUGGGUGAAAUAGAUAAUGUCUUGCUCUUCUACGACAUUCAUUUCAAAGACAUUUGACAUCACUUUCAAGACAUCACCUAAAUGCUGCAAGUUAAUUUUCUCACCCCAGCACAUCCCUAAAAAUUAAAUCAGGCUAAUAACUCGUAAGAUGGACGGGAAAGAAAGUAAAAUACUGAUUCACAUGUCGUUGCUAAAGUGGGCUGCUUGAGGAGAAGAUCCUCCCCUGUCAUCCACUUUUCUUGUGCAAAGCAUUUCUGAAGAAAAAGAAGUGUGCUUAUUCUGUUUUAUUUGUCAGAUUUCAUCAGUUUCUCUUUAAAACGAUUUUGCUCUGUUAUUCCAGACGAUGCAUGGUCAUCCAUAUUUGGAAGUGCCUUUUCAUUUUACAGACGAGUUAUAGCAAAGGCUCUUUUUUGCCUCAAGAAAACUAUGUCUUUAAAUAAUAAUUGUUUGAAAAAACAAUGGAAAGGCUGAUUGGAAGAUAUAUUUGUUCCACAUUUUAAGAUGUUUAGCUUUUCUGGCUCUAAAAUGUUAUGAUAUUUGCCCUUUAAACUGGUGUUUGGAUGAUUGCCACUGAGCAGGACUCAGAACACUUUAGAACCGUGGAAGAGACAUUUUUUAUUUUUUUUAUUUUAUUUUUUUUUAUCAAACGUCUUUAUAGUUCAGUAUUAAGUGCAGUGCUCAUUGAAAUGCCUCAUUUUGAACUGACGUAUUGUAAAUUUGAAAUUUAAAACUGUACGUUUUGGAUUAGUGUCUGAUGGAGUAAUGCAUACGUGACACAUUUGUAGCAAGGUGAAAUGUGCGAUGAUGGUGAUCUUUGCAAAAGAAAUGACAAUAAAUUAUUGUUUUUUGGUAUGACAUUGCACUAAAAUAUAUGCUUUUGUUUAUUUAGGCACAGAUAAAGGAUUAAAAGUGCAUCGCUUGCUUUUCAGUUAAUGUGCAAAUUGUCGAGCUGCUGCUGCUGCAAAAAAAAAACAAUGCAGUUAUAAAACAAAGAACUUGGCAAGAACAUCACUGUUGGAAAAGAAGUUAUUUUUAUUUCACAUAUUUUCUUGGCUCUUGACUCCUGUGAAAUGUUUGCCGUUAAGUGGGUGAAAGUGAGCAACCGCAGCUUUCUAUUCUCAUCUACGUCUGUGACAAGACCGGAGGAGGGCGAAUACAGAAGAGAGAGGUGGGAUUUUCGCUCGGAAAACAGUGUCGCUCCGCCUGAGGUAAACGGUGCGAAGAACAGUAGGCAAGCCUCUGAGGAGUUGAAGACCAAUGUGGAUAAAUGGAACACAGUUCCCUUUUUAUUGCUGAAAACACAUUCACCUCAGAUAUCUCCUGAAGAGUGUCUCACUCAGAAUAUGUUAAGUUAUUAAACAGAAGGAGAUUUCAAUUAAAAUGUCCUUCCACUUGGAUGGCUUUGUGUUCAUUAAAUUACACCAGCCACUUAAUCAUCAGUAUGGCCUUGUUAUGUGCAGAGAGGAGAGCUAUUGGGACUCAGGUCUCUGUAUUAUCUUUAGUCGUCAGGGUGCUAAACUGAAAUUGAACUGACAUGAAUACCACACAGCCCGGAGACUGUUUUGCAGACUUUAUUUUUUUUCCUAAUUAAGUGAGAACUUCUUGCACUUAAGGACAUUGGUAAAAUAUUAACGAAAUCACAUAUGAAAGUUUUUCUUAGAAGAAGAUACCAUGAGGGCAAAAACCCAACGGCCUGUCUGAAUGAACUACUUGGAGAAAACAGUCUUUUCACUCCGAAUGCAAAUUCCAGUAACGUAUUCAGAUUUACCGUAUGUACAAUCUCAGAUCAGAAUGUGUUGAACCAAAACUCGGCACGUCACUGUUUCAUAGUUAAGGGUUAUUGUUUCUGUGCUUGGUUUUCCAUACGGACAAACUCCACAAGCCUUCAAGGAGUUCGAAAAGGGCCUCAAACAUUUUUUUUUUUAUCUGAUGAAGAGAGUCACAAUAUAGAAAAUAUAGUGAAUAUAAUGAUUCAACCUGUCCUAAAUGCAGUCCUUAGAAAACAAUCGGAAGCAGAUGAAAGCAUAUUUCAUUAAUGUAAUAAUGGUGUUUUUACUCACCACUGCUUUUACAUAAGCCACAUCAAUCGACUCAUAUGCCCCCUUUUAUCUCUUGCAUGGGCAUUUAAGGCUUAACGUGGCAGAAAUGUCCAACCUUUUACUGCCGAUAUGAAAAAGAAUAUCCAGAACAAAUCCAGACAAUUCAGAACCACUCUCUUUUUUUUCUGUGGGUUUUCUUGACACACCAAGACUUUUCUCAGGAAGUCCAACUGUGAUGAAAAUGGUCCUUUAUAAACCCACAAAUAAAUUGUCAGUACCCUUCCCUUUUUGCUGUGUCUCUGCUGUGAAUGUCACAUGGAUCUAAACCAAGAAAAGUUCUGUCACAGCUGUAAACAAUGUGCAUCCCUUUACCGCCUGCCUGACUUGUGUAAUGCAUGUUUAUUUGGAUGAAAGGUAUAACAGAUUAAGCUACUUUUGUCAGGAUAUUUUCACCAUUUUUCUUUUUUUUUACUAUAUUUGAGAAUCUACUCAGAGUGUAAGUUCAAUGUUCGGUGAGUACUCCCAAAUAAAUCUGAGAUGAGUUAAAUCAGAAAGUAGGUCGGGCUGCCAUCAGUUGGAGUCACUCAAAUUAUUUAGCAUGCGGUGAGUAAACCAAGUGUUUCCAUUGAACAGCAUGACAGCGUGAGUGUUGUGGUGAAUGUGUGGAUCAUAUAUAAAAAUAUACUGUAUAAUGUCACUAGGAGGAUUCUCACACAAGAACAGUCCAGAGGGCUUCCACAUGAUGGAAUUGGAUCCGUUUACUUUCACACUGCACUUUUGAAAUCAGACCGAAUCGGGUGAAUAGUGUCAUGCAGUCACAAUGGCCACUUAUUUGUGGCACCGUCACAAGAAGAUGUCCUAAAAGAGACAAAGUGAGACAGUGUGCUAUGCAGCAUGCUGUAUAUGAGACAAAAUGCAGAUGCAGAAAUAGACAGCGCAGAGGGACAGGCUUUGACAUGCUGCUGAGGCCACACAGAUGCAGAGUGACGAUUUAAAGGUUUUCUGAUCACGUCUACGCCUGCAAAUCAUACGCAUGUGAGAUGACACUUCCUCUUUUUGGUUUUCUCUGUUUUUACUUCUGCUAUAAGCUAAAGAUUCACCUGGCCAAGUCGAGUCUGCAGGAAAACAAACUCUGACCUGUUUGAAGCAGCUGUGGAGUGAAAUCACACUCCACAGUGUGGAGUGUUUCAUCUUGGCUGAACACUGCAGGUAUCAGAUGUGGAGGAAAGUGACGCAGCAGUGUUAUUUCCCAUAGCUCCAUCUGUCAUUCAAAUGCAAAACAGAUAUGCAGUGGUGUGAUUAGGGUGUUGUUUUCUCUUCAGACUAAACUUAAAUUAGAUUCAUCACUGUUUUAUAAUGCCAAAGCAACAUAUACAGUUAUUUUAUGAACACAAUUGCCAAUAUGUUUCAUUCUGUAACACUGUGUGGCAUUUAAAAGCAUUGCUGUUCAUGGGCCACUGCAUUUUACAUCGGAGAGUACACUUCUUGUGUUCUUCACUUUCAUUUUCUUUCCUCGUCUUUGUUAAUUCUUGCAGUUAAAAGACCGACAAAUUUUUUAAAAAGGCACAAAAGAAGCUAGAGCUGUUGCCUUGCAGCAAGAAGGUCCUGGGUUCGAUUCCUGGAUGGAUGCAUGGACAGAAGAAGCUGCACAUGUGGUACCAGCUCACACCAGAACUACCCUGAGUGCUUGUGAGCUAAUUAAGUUCAUCCAUGAGCUCCUGAAAGACCUGGUCAGGUGUAAUUAAAAUCGAGGCUGUGACAGCCAUGGUAUUUAUCAAAGCUAUCCAGCAGUUCAAAUACCGAUGCUGACAGAAAUGUCAAGCAGAUAGCAGCGGCUCGCCUCUUCUUCAGCGCUCCACUAGUCUGAAAAACACACAUGCACACGCAUUAGCACACAGCUAUUAUGAAUGUUUACUUAUAACCUUUAGGAUUCCUAGAACAGCAAAAAAAAUUACAAAUUCUCUCUUGUUAUUCAUGCAGGGUGGGCAGAAUUUGUUGACAUUUAGGUCCACUUGACACAUGAUGGAGCAUGUACUUUUCCGCACUCCUCUUUGCAAAUCUCAGAGGCAACCAAACUGGUAAUUUGCAUCGUGCAGUAUGUCUCUCGACGUCACUUUAGAAAUUGACUUAAACUUUGAUCUCUGAUAUCAUGAGAGCCUUGUUGUGGUAAUUGGCCUUACCAAGCUAGAUGUAGCAGCGCGUAAUGAAUGCAGACACUAUGGACUAACUGUUAUUGAUGAGUCAGCUGGUUUACCAGGCAGAGAGGAAUGGUCAGCAUUACUGUGGAUGGAACCUAUUUAAUCUCUAAAAUACUUUGCUUUAGAGAAGAAAAAAAAAAACAUGAACUUGAUUGCAAAUUAUAAAAACUGUCCCAGUGGAUCUAUGAAGAACCGUUACAAUUUACAUGUCAUAUAUUAAAACCAGAGCAGAAAAAUGUGCAUAAUGAUGCAAAGAAGAAACAAGAUGAGAAGUUGCUUAAUAGCAUCCUAAAUUAGAUCAUAAGAAUGUAUUUACAUUAAGUCUGAUGACUGUAGUUUUGUUAGAUAAUAUUCUAGAAAUCUGAAUAUCACAAUAAGCCCAUGAAAAAAGUUUUGAAUGACAAAUGUCAAUUUUUCUGACAUUUGACAGAAAAAGAGCACAGUAGUAAAAAAAAAUAUGAAUGCCCUUUAAAAGCUUGUCUGUUCUUAACAUUUUUGGCUUUACAAGUGUCCAUUUGAUCAGUAACGAAAAAUUCCACAAAUAUAACCAAUCAGAACAGAAAGACAGACACUUAAAUGUUUUUUUGUAAAAUGCACCUAAAGAAAAAAAAUAUAUACUGUACUUCCUUGUGAGAAAUAAAUUGAGGACAACCCCUUGUUUAAAGUGGAUAAAAUCAGACAGACAUAUUACAUGAGCCGCACAAUGAAAAUAAUCUAAUUACUCAACAUCUUGAAGGAUGUUUCUCUAGUUUAUUCCUGACACGUUAAGUGUGUUGCACUCCUGAUCAUUGAAAUGGAGUUUAGGCGAAAAUUCAAACUGGGAGACUCGACCAGCUUCACCACAUCAUCUAAUCACCACGCCUGGCCUCAGCCAAUCGGGAACGGAGCUCCACGCCGCUCCAGCCAAUCGUCAUCCAAGGACACCUUCAAGAGUUCAAGCUACCCUUGAACUCUUGGGUAGUUCAAGAGUUCAAGGGUAGCUACGACCCACCUCCUCCCCAUCUCCACCUUCAUCAUGAGGGACAUACUCUAGGAUCCUCCGUGCUCUCCCAUCUCCAUGCUCCGCUCCACCACCAGGUUCGGUCCCGGGGGGGAAGACUAUCCGAGCUCGCCGAGCAGACCGCCUGCUCACGGCGAUCCUCGGCUCGGGGUCUUCUGCCGGGUCCAAGCGCCAAAGAAUUGUAGGCUACCAUUAAAUCUUUUUAACUGCUAUUUUCUUCUCUUUGUGAGUCUCUCCAGAUUGAAAUAAGAAUGAAUAUCAUGGUGGAAUUAAAAUUCUGCUUGAAAUGUUUUAACCAAAUGUUGAUUUUUUUAUUGUUAUUCAUUUAAGAAGCAGCUGUUACAUAGCCCAGAUUACAGCAAAACGCUCAUAUCACGUGUUGUUAAUAUUCUAAACACAAGCAGUGUAUCGACAGGAGACGAGCCAGUUUAAUACACCCAAACUUCUCCAUCAGAGGAGUACGUAAAGCUUACAGUCUGAAUAUGAGUGCAUGAGUGACAAUGAAUAGCAAUAAAUCAUGCUUACCCCAGCACCAAUGGGAGGAAAAACUGCUGCACUAUUCAAUAAAUGUUCAUUUAUUUUCUCCUGCGCUCUUGUAUUACAGUCAGAUGUAUACUGAGACUAAUGCAAUUUAUCCAAAUCAGAGGCUGGCUGAGUUUGAUGGAAACUGGGUUGGACAGUAGUUAGUCAUCUAUUUUAACUUGCUAAACAGUGUUAGUGUUUUCAUCCACACUGCUGACUGUACAGGUGGUGGAUUUAUUGGGCUGUGACUGCUGGUGAAGGUGCAGUUAUACAGUGCUGUGCAGUAUUUGAAGAGGGACUCAGUUACAAGUCAAAUGCUUGUAAUUGCUGAUUUUGCUGCACCUUUUCCAAACAGCUUGAUUUUUUUUUUUUUUUUUUUUUCCAUAACUUGGUCUUACAAAAAAAAGCUGAAAUUGCUGCAUAUAACCUUCCCAAGAAGAACAGGAUGUUAACAUAGUUGAUAUUUAAAGUGAAAAUAACAUUUUCUAGUACCUUUUUGAAACAGCACCUGUAAAAUAAAUAAAAUCAUGUUCCGAGGAGUUGCCAAAGUGAAUUCCAUAUUGGUUAUUCAAGGUAACGUGAACGGUACACAGUAUCGGGAAAUCUUGCAAAACAUCUUUUUUGCAAAAAAAAAAAAAAAGAAAGAAAAAAAAAGACAUUUGUUACAGUUUUGCAUCAUGAAACAGGAAUUAAAAUUACAAGGCGGCUCAGGGGAUUUGUCCAAAUUCAGCUGAGUACACUGAUUGGUCAGACUAGACAGACAUAUCUGGAAAACAUUAAGAUGAUUGGACAGACUUAUGGUAAAGUCGAAAGGUAAAAAAAAAAAAUUCAACCCUGACAGUUGAUUUAAAAGUCGGGCCAAAAUUUGCAGAUGAUUAGUGAAUUUGCCUGAACAGUUACGAUCACAAGAUUGCAACUAAUGAUAUAUUUGUGUGUGUAUGUAAUUUCUAGAUAUGCAUAACGCUCAAUUUUCAAAAGCAUAAACCUAAUCAAAGGGAGAAGGGUAAGCCAGCAUCCUCAUGAAGGCUUUUUUUCCAACUCCGGCAAUGUUGUAAGUUACACUUUUUUUUAUUUUUUUUUACAGUCAUAUAUUUAAAAAGAUUUUUAUUUAUGAAAAGCACCAAUAAAAUAUGCAAUAUGACAGCUUCACAAACGUCCUUGAUAUCCUUUUGGCUCAGAGCCAGUGGCAUCAGCUCCAUGAUGCUACGGCCUCUUAGGCAGAAAAUAUACUUGCUUUUAAUUAAACGGUUGCAUGCAUAUUAUGGCUGCCUCUCUUCUCCUGUGUUGGUUUCAGUGUCAGUCGUGCACAUCCUGACAUUGAUGAAACUUCAAGGUGCCCAGCAGAGGCAGCGUAGGGACACAUUACCAAAUCUCAAACACCCAAAAACAAAGCAAAGAACUCUCUGGUCAC